AAGAAAUGAGAAAUGCUUGCCACGUCUACACCCUGCCCUGCCGUUUCCUCCUCCCUCUCCUGUUUCCCCCUCCCAGGAUGCAAAAAGGCGCCACCUUUCCCUUCUCCCGCAAACUUCUCCAACCCGCAACCCCACCAAACUCCGCAUUCCACAAGAGAUUUCUUCAAGAAACCCGGAUCAAUCCAAUCUCCAGUCGCCCAUUCAGCGAGAUCUCCCUGCACUUGAGUUGCGAUGGAAGAAAGGAGCACAGAGUCUGGAACGUUCUCCCGCUCCUCCUCCUUCGGAGGGUUCGAGGAGUGGGUGGCAUUGGUGAGAAAGCGCAAUGGGCAGCCCUGCUCGUCCGGGCGUCUGGCUCUCCGAUCCUCAGCCAGUUCAGAAGGACUAGAACAUGAAGAUCCUGAUAACAAUGUGAUUGACUCAAACCCUUGUGGCCAAAUGUCAGAAACAAGCCUUUGGGAGAGGCUUGGGAGGGUUUCUAUGAUGGAUAUUGAGUCAAGUAACUUCAGCUGGAGCUCUCUCACUUCACUGCACCAUACAAAACAUACUACCACCAGUACCGAGCCCGCUGAGGAUGAUAACAACAGAAGUUUUGAGGUGACAGUAAAUUCUGGGGGAGUUGUUUUCAUAGCAUUAUUCAGAGCAACUGAAAAUAAUGAUUCUCCAUCCAAGGAGGCUGCUGCAGUAAUUAAAAUAGCACCUUCAAGGAUGGCCACACAGUCAGAACGCUUUGGGUACGAACUUGCUAAAUGGCUUAGAGUGAGGACCCCUCAAGGCAGAGUGAUUCAUAAUUCCUCAACUGAAUGGCAAAAAAUCAAGGAUGCAGUUGAGAAUGCUCGACAUGUGGCAAUAUCUGCUGGUGAUGAACUCGAGGAGAUGAUUUGCACUGAGAUGCUAGAAGCCCUUGAAUUGAGUCGAUGCCUAUUCCUGAUGAAUUAUGUGCAUGGCUCCCCUCUUCUAGAGAGUGCAAUGCCGUUUGAUUCACGGGAAUCUGCUGAGGCUUUAGGUAGGGUCUUAAUAUUGGACCUUGUACUGAGGAAUGAGGAUAGGCUGCGGUGUCGGCCCCUUGGUUGGCGUGGAAACUAUGCAAAUUUGCUUGUCGCUGACAAGGAAGCUUAUUCAAACCUUGAUUCGUUGGAUGAUGUUCACGAUUCUGCUAUCAUCCGUUACAAGCCAGAGAUCAUCAGAAGCCCUCAGAAACAGCAGAGAAGAGCAGCAUCAAUAAGUGGCAGUAUCAGCUCAGAUGUCUCAGAGCUCAUGUUGGAGGACUCUUAUGAUCCUAGUGAGUCUGGGUUUUCCAGCUUUAAUAUUGUAGCAAUUGAUUCAGGUGUACCACGAAGGCCGCCCGCUGGUAAACGAGCAAAAGAUCAAGAAAGCUACCCAAGGCUUGUGGAGCUAACACUAAACAACUUGGACUACUCUUCCAACCUUUUGUUUGAGGUGUCCUUUGGAAAACUUGGUCUCCCAGGACCUGAAGCAUUUGAUGCGUCAUCUGAUUAUAGUUAUCGUUCUCCUCUCUCCGAGAGUAAUAUGGUAGCAACAGUCAAUUCAUUCCGAGGAGGUUUUCGUAGUGCUUUGAGGGACCUUCAGCGGUUCCAUAUUUUUCUCCUCACACUCUAUCAGAAGCUGGACGGUCUAUUGAAAAUUUUCUUCAAUCUUAUGUAUAAAGGUUGCAAUGAAUCUGAUAAGGAAGAUGCUGGUCCUUCUGAUUCACCAUUGUGUUUAGUAGAUGCACAAACGGAUUCAAAUGAUACUGACAUUCCAAGGCAUCUGCGCAGGCCUUCCCGUACCUUAUCUCGUGACAGUCUCGACCUAUCAUCUCCUGCCUGUCGAGAGAACUUUAUCACCAAACAUUUCAAAGGAAAUGGUGAUGCAUCCCGUGGUCUUCGGAUGACAAUGAAGCUACGAGAUUUUAACAAGUAUGCUAAGGUGGACAGUGAAUUAAGCAAAGAGAUAGAACAAUGGAAUGACAUGUUCAGGACCGAUGUUGUGAAGUUGUGUCAAGACAACAAUUUCAACACAGGUUUCUUUGAAGGCACUGAUAAUAGCAUUGCUGUUGAUGCUUAUGAGUUGAAGGUUCGACUUGAGCACAUUCUUGAGAGGAUAUCUUUAAUUUCUGAUGCUGCAAACACUGAGCGUCCUUCACAGAUCACAGAUUACCUGUAUAUUGGUGGUGCUCUAGCUGCUCGAUCAACGUACACACUUCAGCACCUUGGCAUCACCCAUAUACUGUGCUUGUGCGCAAAUGAAAUUGGACAAUCAGAAUCUCAACAGCCUAGCCUUUUUGACUAUAGGAACUUCUCUAUAAAGGACGAUGACAAUGCAGACAUUGGUGAUGUGUUUCAAGAUGCUUCUGAUUUCAUAGAUUACGUGGAGCACCUGUGCGGCAAAGUACUAGUGCAUUGUUUCGAGGGAAAAAGUCGGAGUGCAACUGUUAUUCUUGCUUACCUGAUGAUGAGAAAAAGUUGUACUCUUCUGGAAGCAUGGAACAUGCUGAAGAAGGUGCACCGACGAGCGCACCCCAAUGAUGGCUUCGCCAAGGUCUUGCUGGAUCUUGAUAAGAAGCUGCACGGGAAAAUCUCCAUGGAAUGGCAGCACAAGAGGCCUGCGAUGAAGGUGUGCCCCAUCUGUGGCAAGAAUGCUGGUCUCAGCAGCAGCUCACUGAAGCUCCACCUGCAGAAGGCGCACCGGAAGAUAUCCUCGGGGAGUGUAGACAGUGCAAUGACCUUGGAGAUACAGAAAGCAAUAGAGGCGAUGAAGGCUGGUCGUGGCGGCAGCGACAGCCCAACGCAGAAAUCACAAUCACACAUAGAAGGAUUUUGAUGCUUCAUCUGAUGUUACUCGAGUAAGAAACCAUACAGCCAGGUUUGCAGUGAAUGGCUAUUUUCAGACGAAACUGCUCUGCACCUAAAUUUUGGCAUGUGUAAGUAGCCCAUUUAUAGAACAUCGAGAUUCUGCAGGUAUGUGUCAAAUGAGUUUUUUUUUUUUUUUUUUGAGGUAAUGUGUCAAAUGAGUUGAUUAGCAUGAUUGGGGAUUGUCUGGUUAAUUCAUAUGCUUUUGUUGCCCUGAAUAUGAUUUUGUAUCAUACACACUGAAGAAUAAAGAGCCUGCAAUUGUUGGGAUGUA